GAGUGCGCCUGCGUGAAGUCGGCGGAGGCUCGCGCCUACCAGAAGGUCUUUGGGAAGGAGAGUCUGGUCCGCCGCGCGGCCCUGGAGGAGAAAGCCAGAGAUGGACCUUGGGAAGCUGGCCCGGCUCUUCUCUGAACUCCGCCCUGUAGGACUGUCUGCCUUCCAGCACCUUAACCCUCUCAGAGCCACAUGCACAGGAGGCAGGGAGGGGCCUGCAUGGCUGAGGGCUGCGGGGCUGACUCGACCCUGCAGCAGCUCCCUCUCGCAGCUGCCCCUUGGCCAGGGGAACGGGAAGAACACAAGCAGCCUCAGCUCUGACCUGAGCCAGCCUGACCCUGUGGCCUCUCAGGAGGAAGAGGAAGAGAGCUUUGGGACCCUCUCCAACAAGUACUCCUCGAGAAAAAUGUUCCAAAAAUCAACAGCCCAGUUGUAUAACCUACGGCUCAGGGAACAGAGUGCUAAAGACGAGGAAACGGAGCUGGAGCCAGAGAUAUGGCGGAGCCGGAGAAACACGCCUUACUGGUACUUCUUCCAGUGCAAACGCCUGAUCAGAGAAGGGAAGCUGGCCGAGGCCCUGGACCUGUUUGAGCGGCAGAUGCUGAAGGAGGAGCGACUCCAGCCCCUCGAGUGCAACUACACGGUGCUGAUUGGGGGCUGCGGGCGGGCCGGAUACCUGAAGAAGGCCUUCCGGCUCUACAAUGAUAUGAAAAAGCGGGACCUGGAGCCCUCAGAUGCCACCUAUACAGCCCUGUUCAACGUCUGCGCCGAGUCCCCCUGGAAGGACUCUGCUCUGCAGAGCGCCCUGAAGCUCCGGCAGCAGCUGCAGGCCCGAAACUUCCAGCUCAACUUGAAAACGUACCAUGCGCUGCUGAAGAUGGCUGCCAUGUGCGCAGACCUCAGGAUGUGCCUUGAUGUGUUCAAGGAGAUCGUCCAGAAAGGACAUGCAGUCACAGAGGAGACCUUCAGUUACCUGCUCAUGGGCUGCAUCCAGGACAAGAAGACAGGUUUCCGAUAUGCCCUGCAGGUAUGGAGGCAGAUGCUGAGUCUGGGGCUCCAGCCGAGUCAGCACGGCUACAACCUACUCCUGGGGGCAGCUCGAGACUGCGGCUUGGGGGACCCGGAGGUGGCCUCAGCGCUGCUCCUGAGGCCCACGGAGGAGACGGUCAUGCUCCAGCCCCUGGCACGUGGGUUUCGGGCAAGGAGGAGAGCCCGGGCCCGGGUGAACGAUGGUGUGUCAGUCAGGCUGCAUGUGGAGGCCUUGGGAGGCAGCUGUUUCUGGAAUCUUCUCAGUGUGCUUGAGAACCUGCCAGAGCCUCUCGAAGCCAGAGCCCCCAGCAAGGCCCAGCCUGAGGUGGAAAUGAACACAGAGUCCGACCACAAGGUGGCCCUCAUUUCCUUGGCCCCAGAACCUUCUCCCUGCGGGCUGGAGGCUAACCUCCUGACCUUGGGACCAGUGUCCCCAGCCGUGGUCUCCUUCGGGACUGUGACCACCCCAGCUGACAGGCUGGCCUUGAUGGGGGGCCUAGAGGGCUUCUUGGGCAAGAUGGAAGAGCAUGGGCUCCGACCCAACAUCAAAACCCUCACGCUGCUGGCUGAGGUGGUGGCACCUGGGAGUCCCUCAGAGUCCUCAUUGCUGACCGUCCUGGACACGUACCAGGUGGAAGCCGACGUGACGUUCUUCAACACUCUGAUGAGGAAGAAGAGCAAGUCUGGUGAUCUGGAGGGGGCAAAGGCACUGCUGCCACUCCUGGCAAAGAGGGGCAUUGUCCCCAACCUGCAGACCUUCUGCAACCUGGCCAUCGGGUGCCACAGGCCAAGGGAUGGUCUGCAGCUGCUUGCAGACAUGAAGAAGUCCCAGAUGACCCCCAACGCCCACAUCUACAGCACUCUCAUCAACGCAGCCCUCAAGAAACUGGACUACACCUAUCUCAUUGACAUCUUGAAGGACAUGAGGCAGAACAGGGUCCCUGUGAAUGAGGUGGUCAUCCGCCAGCUGGAGUUUGCCGCCCAGUACCCGCCCUCCUUUGAUCGGUACAAAGGGAAAAACACCUACUUGGAGAAGAUUGAUGGCUUCCGAGCUUAUUAUAAGCAGUGGCUGAAAGUGAUGCCGGCAGAGGAAACCCCCCACCCGUGGCAGAAGUUCCGGACCAAGCACCAGGGGGACCAAGACCCCAUCACAGAAGCCGAUGUGGACGGAGGCCAUGGAGGCAGGUGAUGGGAGAUGCUGGGCCUCCAUCAGAGCUGGGGCGAAGGGUGUGUUGUUUACAGAGCCCCGUGGGAGCCCCAGGAGCCUCUCCACAUCAGGCCUGUGCAUGUACUCGUGUGGCCUCAAGCCUGAGGAAGGGUCUAGCGUGGAGGAGCGCGGCAGCGUUUUGCAGGCAUUGGUAUGAGGACACACGCUGGGCCCAGGGUGCCUGACAAGUUCAUGGCAGGUCCGAGAGCGGCCUGGCCCACCUUAACAGACCAUCUCCGGUCACCCUCAUCUGGGAGGUGGCUGUCCCUGCAGUGAUGAGGAACGUGAACUUGCUCACAGUUACACAGCAUCUAAAAGGUAGAGUCAGGAUGGAGGCCCGAGGGGACCAGUUUCUAGGGCCUGGCGCUCGCGCAGUGGGGUCCACAGACUGCUGGCUCUUGGACAGAAUAAAUGCUGGACGCAGAUGUUUAAAAAUUUUAUUUCUACAAAUCACAGCUGAGAAACACCAAAGCCUUUACACGUAGAGACCGUGCUCCAACUCACGCCAGGAGCACUGCUCUGCGAGAAGAGCUGCUCUUAGGAAAGGGGGUGACGCGACAGGCAGAAACCCACGAAGUCCAAAAGUUCAGGGUGAAGAGGGGUCAGGGCCUGAGGGCCUCAGCCGGAGCAGCCCCGGCAGCCGCAGUGCGUGCACUCGAUGAUCCGGCCCUGAAAGAGAGGACAGCUGAGAUGCUACACUCCUGCCAUGGGCCACCCCCCCACCUCCACCCCCAACAAGGUGGCAACCAGACAUUCACUGUCUACAGGACACUCCUCACAAAGUCUUCUGUGACAGAUGCCGACACUGAAGCUACACCUCUGUGCAUUUAAUUUAUGCAGUCACUGUACGUACCGGCCCCCAGAAGGGAAAAAAGUCUGUGAAUGUGAAGUGAGCAUGAGCUACCCUGCAGUGAGCUGGAAGUGGGUCCGCUACUGCUCACGGGGCUCAGGGCCUCUGGGCUGGGGAAUGUUCUAGUAGAGGCACAGGGGCAGAGGAUGUGCACUGGAAUCUGAAUGGCAGAAGAGUCUUGUCCACUGGGCCGGGCGUGCCCGGGUGUCCGGCUGAGGGCCUGCCCACAGAAGGGCCUAGAGCAGUGGUUUAUGUGUAUUUUCCUUUGUUCUAUUUUUUUUUGGAGGAGCAAGACCCUUAACUAAAUGCACGAGAUCAGAUGGUGACAAAAACAGGCUCUACUGUGGCCACAGGGCGGGGGCAACAGCCCCCAUCAAAUGCCGCUGCAGAAUCCCGGGGUGAGGGGGUGUGGUGGCUUCCGCCACUCUACCACCUCUCCCUGCCCCCACCUGAAAACCAGCACCCAGAUUCUUCAGGGGAGAAUCUGAUGUCCUUGGGCCCUCAUUUGAUGUGCACUCCUCCCUGACUUCACAGACGAUUCAGGGAGACAGAGCUGCCUGCUGAGGUAAAGCCCUUGGCCCAGAGCUCUACAAACUAGAACUGGUCUGCAAGGGACUGGUGAUGAGGCACCCGGGAGGUGGGCAGCCCCGCCUGACAGCCCGGCUUGGCCCACCACGGUCAGCCAAGGGGCUGCCCUCAAAGGCCACCACAGCCAAUGUCCUAGGAACUGCCUCCCUCCCCCUGCACUUGGACUUCAGAAAGGCUGACGCUGUCAGCUCAGUGGCUGCAUACGCAGCACCAUUCGUGAGCUGCGCAGUCACGUUUUAGAACAAAGUUCUGACAGAAGAAAUACGAUGUAAUACCUCUGAGGAGAAGGCCUGGAGAAAAGCGUGCCUGGGGAGAGCAUGCGAGGGGAAGGGCAGGAGUGCCUGCUGACCGGCCUGAGCUCCCCCGACUCAGCCCUCCCCACCACUUUGGGGGCAGGUGUCCUAACCCCCAAUUCCUGUGUGAGGACGGAAUCCAGUAACUUGCCCAAGGGUGCAAUGGAGUUGGCCCCCAGACCUAACACAUGGCAGCUGCGACACUGCCUGGCACGGACCACACAGGAGAGGGACUCACUCCCCGGGGCAUGGCCAGCAGGACAGCCAGCAAAAUCGUGUUCAGUCCCCUGCCGCCAACUAGGGCAAACUUCAGAACUGAAAAAGUGACCUCAAACUUGAUCAUCAGCCAUUACAGGGGUAGAGACGUUACCACUUCUAGCUUGCUUUUGGGGACCCGGCAAAUGCAGUUUGUUCCAAAAUUGGUGUCCCGGGUCUGAAUGCAGCGCAGGCAGCAUAAGUUCUCAUAGCCCUGCUUUUUCCAUUUUGCUAUCAGAUUUUUGUCUGCAUAGCCUUCUUUAAUGCAGUAUUCGUAGAGUUCUGUCAAGAAGAAGGGAAAGGGCGUCAGACCGUGCUCUCACAAAGCUGCCCCAGCCCAUCACUACUCUUCACUAAAAAGACUGUUUAGCCAACGCUGACCCCUCCCCACAUUUUUACCAAUAAGAAAACUGACAAUUGCUGAGGUUGCAAGAACAGGAACCAUUAAGUAAAUGUGAAAGCUACUCAAGCUGGUGAGCCAAGAGAAUUGAGUUCAUUACCUCUGCUUAUGGCUUUCCUCUUGUAAAAGAGGUCAAAAAUAUACCGCGUUUUUUGGUGAUGGAUCCUGAAGAUAGGCCACAGAGAUUCCACUUUCCUCUUUCCCUCGUGAGGUUCUGUUUCAGCUGCGGAGAAAAAGGUGUGUGUUUGUUUUCUUGUGGCAGGCAGUGGUCACUGCGCAGAAUACAGGUUUUUUUUGUUUUUGUUUUCUUGUAAGUAGGGAUAAAGUAUCAAUCCUACUUCAUACCCUCUAGCUUGGCUAUCAUCAAAAAGACAGUCACAAGGGUUGAGGAUGCGGGAAAAUUGGACCACAGGCUGCUGGUGGAAAUGUAACAUGGUACAGCCUCUCUGGGGGACAGUCUGGCUCUUCCUCAGGAAGUUAAUGUUACCAUAUGCCCUAGCGGAUCUCCUGCUGGGUAUACAGCCCAGAGAACUGAAAACACACGUGCCCACAAAAACCCUCCUAUGAAUGGGCAAACAGCAGUAUUCACAACAGCCUGAAAGCAGAAACAAUCCCGGUGUCCAUCAGCUGACAGAAUGGAUAAACAAAACCCCCCACAGCACGGAGCAUCAUCCAGCCAGAAAAAGAAACGACCCCCUACAACACGGAUGCACCUUGAGAACAUGAUGCCCAGUGAAGGAAACUAGUCCCCAAAGCCCACAUGCUAAGUGACGGCCGACAGGGAUAGAAAGUGGAUGAGUAGUUGCCUCAGUCUGGGAGAGCUGGCGGGAUGCGGGAAGGGGUUGACUACCAAAGGGUGCAGGGUUUCUUCAGGAGGUAAGAAAACACUGAACACCCCUAACACCGUAAGGGCACAUUUUACAGAACAGGGCUUCUAUUUCAAUAGAGCUGUGACUUGAAAAAAGCUAAAGCAAGCCACGUGAUU